CCCUCUCUCUCUCUAAAGCGAAUCUGUUUCUCUCUCUCUCUCUACUCUAGCUCUCUCUCUCUCUCUCUCUCUCUCUCUCUCUCUCUCUCUAUAUCUCUAGCUUUCUCUCUCUGAAACUCCCUGUUUUUGUAGUGUUUCUAGAGAGAGAAAAUCAACUCCAAUGGCUUACUCGAGCGUAGUGGUGGUUUUGAUGUUCGCUUUGGUGGCUGGAUCUGCCAUCGCUCAGGCUCCGGCAGCUUCACCGACGAAAUCUCCGAUGGCGUCGCCGCCGAAGGCCGCCGAGACUCCAUCGGUGGCUCCGACACCGUCCGUGAAGCCACCGACCUCCUCUCCUAAGUCCUCUCCACCUGCUCCUCCCACCGCCCCGGCCUCGACUCCCACCACGUCGUCGAUCGCCUCCACUCCCGUUCAGUCUCCCUCGGCCACUCCCAGUCAGUCUCCCUCGGCCACUCCUAAGAGCGGCGCCGCUGUUAACAGAGUCGCCGUUACCGGAUCCGCCGCCGUUGUAUUCUUCGCCGCAGCAACAUUGUUGCUUUAGAUCUGAUAUCUGGAGUUUGUUUUCUUCAUUUUGAUCGAGAUGAAGAUUCUUUAGGAUUUAUUUUUUAGAUUUUAAUUUUAAUUUUAAUUUUCUUUUUUAUUUCAUUGCGGUGGUGUUUGAUGUUGUUAUUAUUAUUAUUAUGAUUACAUUUGUCUGAUUUACACUUGAUUUGAUUAUUUGUAUUGUAUUGUUGAUUCUGAUUAUGAAUUCUUUUGCUACGAUUUCUUUCUUAUAA